AUGGCUUUCUUUGCUCUGUGGUCCUAUGUACUAGUUGGUUGCUUUUCUAUUUCUACAGCAGAGAUAGAGACGUUCAACCUCUCAGCUCUGUACCCUCCUAAAUGGGAGGAAAGUCCUUCUCAAUUCAGUAACUAUACAUCACAAAAUGGAAAAUAUGUUGUUAAUCCCUGGGUAUACCCUGAGAGAUUGGGGCUGUAUAAAAUCCUAUUAAGCAAGACAGCCAAAUAUUUUCAAAGAUUUGGAAAAGAUAAUGAACAAAAUCCCUUAUGGGGAUUGCCUCUGCAGCAUGGCUGGCAAUAUAGUUCAGGUAGAUUAGCUGAUCCCACAAGAACGACAGAUUGUGGUUAUGAAUCUGAUCCUUUAUGUAUCUCAGAGGACAGCUGGUGGGCUGAUUUGAAUUAUUUUCUAUGUGUAUUGCCGGUGCUUGGUGCGGUUGAUUCUGGCAUCAUGGGGAUAUCAUCAGACCAACUUGUACUUUUGCUACCACCAAAGGAUGGGUUGAGGUUUUGCAAUAGUGUUUCUAGUUGUCAGUCAUCUUACCCUGAAACAAUGAAAAAGUGGAAAGCCUUUUACCAGAAUAUUCAGUUACCUUUUACUAGCUUUGAUGACAACCUGAAGUACCUGUGGGCUGCUCACACCUCAACUCUAGAAGAAACUUUAAAAAAAUUUGAAGAUAGGUUUGUAUAUUACUCUAAUCCUGAAGUAGAGUUUGAGAAAGCUUGGUGUGUAUCUGUGGAUUAUUUUGCAUCCUUACACCUCCAUACAACUUUGAUUAGAAUACAUGAAUUCCAGAGGGGACUGCCAUCACGAAUCCUUGUUAACGAAGAUAAAAUUCCCUUCAUAAAAGACUUUAGUGACUUUCAGAACAUAUUUUUGCUUGGUCUAGAUACCCUUUACAAGGUGGAUAGUGCUUCAGGCUUGACUCAGCAACGUUAUCCUGAACUGUGA